AUGGAAAAAACUGAGAAUUCAAGAGCUCCGUUGAUAAUUUUAAUGAAGGGGCAUCCAGGCACCGGAAAAAGCACCAUCGCCGCCGUAAUUUCCGCCGCCCUCCGCUGUCCACUCAUCGACAAAGACGACAUCCGCGACGCCACGCUUUGUCUCUCAUCCGCCGCCAAUUCCACCGCGCUCAACAACCUCUCCUACGACGCCAUGUGGCGCGUGGUAUCCACGCAGAUUAAACUCGGCCUGUCCGUCGUUGUCGACUCCCCUCUCUCCCACCGCCGCCACCUUGAAUCCGCCCUUCACAUUGCCGGCGAGUCCCACCGUGUUCUCAUCGUCGAGUGUGUGCCGUCUGAUGAAGCCGAGUGGCGGCGCCGGCUUGAGCUGCGCGGGGCUGAAGAGGAAGGGGUGGGGCAUAAGCCGGCCACGUGGCAGGAUAUAGAGCGUCUUUUGGUAGGGUACGAUGGAUGUACGGAGUAUGAUGUGGGUGAGAUUCCUAAGUUGAUUGUGGAUACUACUGCACUUGAUGGAGUUCUAUUCAGUGUGUUUGAGUUUAUUGAAACUUACUGUGGUGAUCAUCAAUCAUGA